AUGACCCCCAAGGACACCCGACCUCAACACCCCCGACCCUCAACACCCCGGGCCCUCAACACCAACGACACCUCAACCCCCCCGGCCCCCAACACCACCGGGCCCCCAACACCCCCGACCCUCAACACCCAAAUCCGGCCCUCAACUCCCCCGGGCCCUGACCCCCCACGGCCCCCCGGCCCCAACAACCCCGGCCCUCAACACCCCCCGGCAGCUCAACACCCCCGGACUCAACCCAACCCCCGGCCCUCACACCCCCGGACCUCCAACACCCCCGGCCCUCACACACCGGCCACCAAGACCACCCGACCUCAAACCCCCGCGCCCACCAACCCAAGAACCCCAGGCCCCAACAAUCGACCCUCAAAACCCCGACCCCCGGCCCCCAAGACCCCGGCACUCAACACCCCCGGCCCCAAGACUCACGGCACACAACACCCCCGACCCUCAACCCCCAUGGCCCUCCCCAACACCCCGGCCACCAACACACCGUGCCCCCAAAAGACCCCCGGGACCCCAGAGGACCCCGACCCUCAACACCCCCGACCCCAAAAACCCACGACCCCCAACACCCCGACCCUUCACACCUGGCCCUCAACACCCAUGGCCUCAACCACCCCCGGCCCCAAAACCCCCGACCCCCAACACCCCCGACCCCCAACACCCCCGACCCCCAACACCCCGGCCCCAACACACGGACCCCCGGCCCUUAACACCCCACGGCCCGUAACCCCCGGCCCUUACACCCCCGGCCCAAACAACCCAGACCUCAACACCCCCGGCCCCAAAACCCCCGGCCCCAAGACACCGACCCUCAAAACACCCGGCCCCAAAAACACCCCCGAUCUCAAAACACCCCCGGACCCCACCACCCCGACCCUCAAAACCCCCGGCCCCCAACACCCCCUGACCCCCACACCCCAGCCCUCAACACACCCGACCCUCAACACCCCUGGCCCUAAACACCCCUGGCCCCCAACACCCCCGGCCCCAAAAACCCCCGGCCCACCAACACCCACCGGCCCCCCAACACCCCGGCCUCCACACCACGGCCCCCAACACUCCCGGCCCCCAACACCCCUGGCCCCCAACCACCCCUGGCCCCCAACACCCCCGGCUCCCAACCCUCCCCGGCCCUGA